UGUAGCAAAAAAUGAUGUCAGUUCAUCCCCACACAAUAAUUACUCUAUUUAACCGCCAGUAACCGCCCAAACAAUUUUAAACUGAAAUAAACUACACUAUAUAUAAAACUCUUUACCCAAAACCACCAAUCCCUUCAUUCAUUCACUCCAUUUCUACUAUACAUACACUUACAAGUAUCAAUCAAUGGAUCAAACUCAACAAGAAAUCGGCAUCAAAGUCUACAAUGCAACUCCACCACCACAAGAUGAAAUGCAAAACCUCUCGAACAACAACAAACCUUCUCCACCACUGGGGAAGCGUCGUGCCAUGAUGGCAAAGGGUGUUCAAAAAACCCUCUCAAAGACUUCAAUGCUUGGUAACUUCCUCCCAACAGGCACACUCCUCACAUUUGAAAUGGUCCUUCCUUCAAUCUACCAAAACGGUCAAUGCACUCACAUUCAAACCAUCAUGAUCCACUUCCUAUUACUUCUAUGUGCAUUCUCGUGCUUCUUCUUUCACUUCACCGAUAGUUUUCAUGGCACUGAUGGAAACGUUUACUACGGCUUUGUGACAACUAAAGGGUUGUCGGUUUUCAAACCGGGACUCCACGUGGCAAUUCCAAAGGACGAGAAAUUUAAGGUUGGGUUAACGGACUUCGUGCAUGCUGUUAUGUCGGUGAUGGUGUUUGUGGCUAUUGCUGUGUCGGAUCAUAGGGUUACGAGUUGUUUGUUCCCUGGGCAUGAGAAGGACAUGGAACAAGUGAGAGAGAGUUUCCCUUUGAUGGUGGGUAUUGUUUGUAGCAGUUUGUUUCUCAUCUUUCCCACUUCUAGGCGUGGGAUUGGUUGCAUGUCUGCCUAGUUAAUUAAACCCGUCUCUAUUUUCUUUUCUUCUUUUUUUUGUUUAAGUUAUGGAUCUGUAUAAAUUAUUUUAUGGAUAAACAAUGUAUGAAUUAAUAAAGUUUAGAUAUAUAUUUAUUAGUUCAAUUAUGAUAAAUUCUUAUUUAUUCCAUAAAAUAACUUAGACACGUCCUAUCUUAUGUCUGCGUGAAAAUAAUGGAAUAACUAGGUUCAUUUUUAUUCAUCUGAAUGUGAUGGCAAAGGAUCAAGAAGCUGUUGUUCAAGUUUGGAUUGCAUAUGCCGUUAGAAUUUUAAAAUAUUUACAUUAUUUUAAUCCAUAAUUGUAUAAUUAAUAUCAUUAGGAUAUAGUGUUUGAUAUUAAUUAUAAAUAAAAAAAUAGAAAGUUAAUUCUAAAAAUAACUACUAGAUAGUUAUUUUUUAUGGUAACUACCAAAUGAUAACCACCAAAUAAUUAUGUUAGUAACUAUUAAGUAGUUAUGUUUAAUUUUUUCUUCUUAAAAAUUCUUCUAGAUAUAUAUAGAACUCAUGUUCUAUUAUUGAUGAUGAUAUUUAAUUCUAACGAAAUCAUACAAUAUAUAUUAAAGUGAAAAGUACUUGUAAAACUAUUUUUUUCUUUGAAACAUCAACAACACAAUACGUAUCCUUCAUCAACAAAGAAAAGGCGAGCUCCAUCUUUGAUAGUGUCUGUGAGGUCCAAUUUUCUUUCUACUUUCCAGUUUCUCUGGCUUUGCCUGCAGAGAGAGCCUCUGGUGAAUAUUACUGGAUGACACAAAGGAAGUAACCAAACGUGCAAUGCUGUGUUUUUUGGUCACACAAUGUUGUUUAAUUAAAAUACACACGUGUUUUUCACUUUUAAUGCUGGAUUGCUGCUCAUCUUGGCCACAUUUUCCUUCGCAAGAACAAUAAGGUUUUCUAGCCGUUUCCACUGGAAGAGACCAUCUUUGAAUAGAACCUGAAACAAUAAAGUAUAUCAAAUGAGAAGCAAUAUGUUUCCAAUUACACAGCAGGUAUGAUUAAGUUAUUAGCAUUCAGAGUCCUAGAGGAAGAAAGAAUCACAAAAAUACUUUGGACCAUUUAUUCUACUUGCUAAGAUAAUUCUUGGGUAUUGCACUAAAAUUUCACUUAUGUACAGGACCACUUUAGUGCUUUGACCUAGGUAGCAGAGGGAAGAGAGAAAAUAGGACCUUUCCUGCAAAUCAAGCUUCUAGCAUAGCUGACUGAAUUUUGCACCCACAUAUUUAAAAUGCUUAAGAAGAAGAUGGAAAAAGAGAGAUUUUAUUGCUUCCAUUCCUAUAUAUAUAUAACAGAAUCAUCAUCCGGCAAAGUCUGCCAUGGACACAAACGGAUUGGAUUCAACGCUGUUGAAAAGGGUGCUGUUAGUACAGCCAAACAGAGUACUGUUACUUAGUGAUACUUUGCAUUUUAAAACUAUAUUUUUUGUGUUCUACUACACCACCACCACCCUUUUCAACUACACUAAAUCCAGAUCCAAAGACAAAUCGUGUAAAUAUGGCACCAAGAAACCCCUUGGUCAUCUUUCAGUUCCCACCCUUUUGCAGAUUUUCUUCCUCAACAAGGGAAACCUACUGCUGUAAAUUUCUUACCCAACACACAUGACUAGACAGAGAUUAAAAAUUUUAAAUAAAGAUCACCAAGAAUGAGCUUCAGGAUUGUAAAUUAGACAGAAUAUUGUUAUAUGUAUAAAAGCUUUUCCAUUUUGAACAGCAUUGCUAACCUGUAUGAGGCUUUCACGUAGAGCUGGAUUUGGGUCUGUCAGUAGUCGCUUUGCCACAUAAGGAUAAGCAACCUAUUUGACAUACUCAUAUUCAUAUUAUACUGACAAAGAAAGUAUAACAGAAAAAGGAUAAUUUUGAGUUUGGCAGUUGCUCAAACUAAUUCAUUUACCAUGACGAAGUAUUUGUUCUAAGAAAAUAUUUAGAAGUUUUCCUCUUCUGAUACAUAUUAUGAUACAGCUUUCCUUCUUCUAAUGCAACUUAUUAAACAAAAGUGCUUUUUCAAAAUAAGUUGUAUGUCUUCAAAACAACUUGAAAUCAGGAUAAGUCAGCAACAUGGGAGCUUUUACCUCAAGAAAUUUGAAGUCAGGCUUCAGAGUAAAACAGAUGCCUUCAUGGGUUAACAAAGAACGGAUUACAAGAGAAAACCUUUCUGGGAUUCGAAUGGGAUAAUUGUAAACCAACUGGUUAAACUUUCCUGCAGUAUAUGAUAAAGGCAUGAAAUACCUAAAAUUUAAUUACAAUUAACUAGAUUACCAAUAAUUUGAGACACCAAACUAAAUCAUUAGAUAAAGAGCUAAAUUUAUAUCUUCAGAAAUAAAAAAGAAAAAGAAAUAGUAAAUUAGUCUUUAAUUUGAUAGAGCACUGGACCAAAUAUUGGACUCUCACCACGGAAAGCCCAAGAUCUGGAAGAUUUAUUCUGGUAGGGGAAAGAAGGGCACAGGGGAAGAGAGUUAGAUACUACUGAGUUGACUAGUCUGUUAGCUCAUGCAAUGCAAUUAUAGGGAGAGGAUAAUACUGUGAGGUCAGAGUUUUUCCACCUAUAAAUAUCAAGAUUCAUGACACACUCCAUAUAAUAUCACUGAGGAAAAAUGAGUCAAUAACAGGUAAGAUGGGACAACAUAGUCAUACAACAUGUAAUUGAGACUCCUUGAUUUGAUUGGAUUUCUUCCUCUUUUAGAUUCAUACACUAUUCAUUGCGCCUUGUUACUUCUUAGUCUGAAGUCCUUGAUUGAGCAAGAUAAGAAGAUUCCACCCCAAAUUAGAAAAUUUAUUUCAAGCAGCAGUAGAGUUUAGGUCAAACGGUCACAUAGCAAUGGCUAUUUUUAUAUUAAUAAUCAAGGGAAACAGCCUACCAGUGACACUACGAAAAUUAAAAUCUGACAGUCCCUUUCCAGCAGAGUUCUGCCAAAUUGCUUCCAGAGCAGGAACUAUAGGAGUGACAUCAGUCCCUGGUGUCAGGAAGCCUGUUGGGUCUAAGCCAUUUGGACCCCAUUCAAGACAUAUCAAAGAAAGAGGGGUAAAAUGGGAAGAAUGAGCAGAGAGACCGUUAUGCUAGAUUCUAACAGAUUAAUAAAUUAGCAUACGUGGCAAGGGGGCGGGGGAAAGGAGAGUGGCAGGGAGAGAGGGAUUAUAUAGAGGUUGAACACUUGGCCAAAGAUAGAAAAUAUCUGGGAGGUCAUUAGGGAUAGCUGAGGCUAUAGGAGCAUUGCUCUUGCUAAUUACUUGCUAGUUAGAUUGCUGUAUUCUGUUCCAUUAUUCUGUUUUUCCAUCUUUACUGCUUGUAAUCUCAGGGAAUUCCCCUGUGUAGGUUCUGUUAUUUCAAUAUAAUCCCAGUUCCUAUCAAAGCCUAAUCUGUUGAAGUCAUUAGCCAUCUCAGCAUAGUCCUCAUUCACAGCAUGGACAACAGCAUCAAUUAAAAUCUGUUUAUUUUGCUGAAAAAAUGGAAGCAGAUAAACAUGUCAGCCACAAACAGCAUACUUUAAACUCCGUAGACCAAACUAAAAAUGUCAUAUUCAUGAUUAUAAUGGAAGUUGUCCUAAAAGAAAAAUACUCCAAUUUCUCUAAUAGAUCCUUAUAGAAUAGGGGUAUUUGUGCCAGUUCAGUAGGACAUAAUAAACAUGUCUGCACAAACCCUUUUGGUUUAUCCAAAACAUAAGGCACU